AUGUCUCAGGGUGGAAGCAAUAACCCCAGCGGCACUUUACGCCCUGGAAUACAGCUUCGAGCAAUCUCCUACACAGGUGGCCGCGUUAUUCGAUACUACGACUACCCUGGUCUUGCUUCUACUCCGCCGGCAGCAGUUCAGAGCCAGGAUAAUCACCCCCCUGCUUACCAGCAUCAAAUCAAUGGAAGCAAUGUCGGAGCAACGGCUCAGUCUGUCUCCAGUAAUGCAACAACACGACCUGUCGGGGAUGUGACCCAUUCUCCCGCUCCCCCACCUGGACCAUCGCUCGAUGUCAGAGAUGGCAUUGGAGGAGCAGCUAACAGAGGUUCAAGCCUGCAGGGACCUCUGCCUAGCAACGUGCCCGCAUCCAUAAAUUCUCUAUUUUAUUCAAGCCCUAUCCCUCACCCGUGGCCACCUUUCUUACCCCCUCCGCAGCUACCCCCUCCGCAGCAGGGGAGAUUGACAACGCCUGUCACCUAUCGUUAUCGUCCCAGCACUGCCUCUCCACCUGAAUCCCGGCCAACGCAAGAGACCUCACCAAAUCUGAACGCAUCUUCCGCGGUCCCUGUAACGUCUAUCCAUCCAAACCUCGCCCCUCCGCCAGUGCCAUGGUCUAGGCAAGAAGUUGCGCCGACUACUCUUCCCCCUCAUCGAAAUGCAUUUUCAAGUCUCAUAGCUUGGGACGAGUUGCUGCAGAGCCAGCGCCGUCCUAAUGAUACCUUGCCGACAUAUGAUGAGGCCGUGGAACAAGGAGCACAGCCCCCUUCAAAUACGACCCCAGACUACUACACUGGGACUCAGCCAGGAGCACAUGGUCCUUCAAAUCCGCAUCCAGUCCCCCAAGGUGAAAGCCCAGAAUCUUCGCGGAGAAAUCCCACUCGCUCAGUGGCCGUUGUCGGCAAUAGCGUAUCAGGACAGACCAAUGGCACAGCUACUGGAGCGGGGCGCCUUCCUUCCCAAAGCCAGCCAGUUAGGGACUCAGCGUCGGAUUCGCACUCAGAGUCAGUGUCAGAGCAGCAACACGCGUCUCCAUCAGCCUCAUCUUCGUCUUCAUCUUCAUCUAAUGCUUCCGCGACCCAGCCUGCUGCAUACGUGGCAUAUACUCCAAUGUUUCCUGCUGGGCCUGCUAUCUGGCCUGCAGGCACUACUGGAUUUACAAAUACUGCCUUUGGCAUUCAAGCGGGCGCUCCGUUUGUUCAUUACGCACCCCCUGGCGUCCUACAAGCUCCUUGGAAUCCCUACGCUUCCCUCCAAAACUUUCCUCGCCCGAACGGUGAUGCUUCUCUUGAGGCCCGCGAAAAUAAUAUUAGGCGAUAUGUCAUGAACGGCAUGUUUCAUCCGCCACCCCAUAGGAACGAGCCACUCCCUUGGUAUGGUCGUCCGGGCCCUGCUUCACCUCAUGGGGCUGGCAACCAUGAUAGCAAUAACAAUAACUGA